AUGGAAGCCAUGUUAGGGCAGUCUAGACGAGGUGUAAAUCCAAGAUCAGGACAGGUGACAGUACAGACACAACCUCCAUUAGCUGAACAGGAAACAAAUACAACAUCAGCUCCACAUCAUCUUGUAUUCUUAGAGAAGGCAGAAUGUGUGCGUUCCUUCAGUCCUAAACUGGGAGAUGAUAGAGAAAUAACUGGCAUAACUGGGUUAGCCAUAUAUAAGGAACAGAUGUUUGUUGUGGACAACAGAACAAAAGUAUUCACACAUGAAGGACAAUUUAAGUUUAACAUUAAAGUAAACAAACCAUGGGAUGUGGCUGUGUCACAGACUGGUCACCUGUAUAUAACAUCAUAUGGUGACAGAUGUGUCCAAGUGUACUCCACCAGAGGUCAGCAGGUGACAACCAUGGGUCAGGGUCUACUGGAGUCACCACGGGAGUACAUCACAGUGAACAGUGUGAAUGAUAACAUUGUGAUAUCAGACUGGGGCGGAGACUGUGUACAUGUGCUGUCACCUACUGGUGAUCAUCUGUACCAGUAUGGCAGCAGAGAAGGCAGUGAACUGAGGUUACCACAUGGAGUGUGCACAGACAGCUAUGGUCACAUCUUCAUUGCUGACUUUUAUAACCACAGGAUA